AUGAAUUUACUGACUACGACGUUUUACAUUUUCAUUGUUCUUGGCAUGCUGCUGAUCCUAUCAAAUGGUUAUUUCGCAUAUAUUCUUAUAAGCCGACGGAUGCUUUUGCGCCGAUACUGUACAAUUACUGUACAGUGCGUAGUAAACGCAGCAGAGGGAGUUGCACUACUAACAUCGGGAGCUGGACGACUGAUUAUCAUGAAAAUUGGUUACGACGCAAAAACCAGUAAACGAAUUUGCAUGUUCGCACCAUGGAAUUUGCUUUUCAUCUGGACUGAGCCAAUGCAAGCAUUAUCGUUGCUGUUGGUUGGAAUUGACCGAUUUAUUGCCAUAUUUUUGCCUAUAUUGUAUUUUCGAAAACAUUUCACAAUACAGAUCGUUGAGGUUCGCACAUUUCAUGGAUUCUUUAUAAGUAAUAGAGAUGAUCUGUGGUGCAGAACAGUACGCGAAAUCACUUUCGGUUUUUCGUGGAAAAUGACAUCUCUGUUUGCGCAGCACGAAACUUUUAAAGUUGUACUGACCGAUGCUGUGCUGCUUGGCGGUCAGCCUGAAUUGGCGAUCUUGGCGUUUGUUUUGUCUUCUGAAAGGACUAUGCAAAGUAUGAUGAGUAUUUUUACAAAUGUGUCAUUGAUCAAUGAAAUCUGUGCAUCGACAGCAAGCGUAUUGCUUUACAUCAUUGUAUUUAUCAAGGCACGGCGAUUUCAAAAGACUAUCAAAAUUCACUCUAUUCGGACAGCGAAUGUAGCAUUUGAACGGCGACAACUGCAGCUAACUGGUACGAUGUGCAUUUCGUGUGUGCUUACAACAGUCCUGUUCGUGAUACCGGCAUGUGCACGCUUUAUUAGCUUCAGUAGCAGUGGUAGAAUUGUACCGAAAGCAGAGCUUCUGGCAGCUUAUGCGACGAUCAGCUGCAAUUUGAACCCUUUUGUGAUUGUAGUUACGAUUUUCGUGUUGCAGGAAGAUAUCCGGAAAGCUGUGCUUGCCUCGCAACCGCAGCGCUUUAAACUGUUGCUAACGAAAUGUGCGCCAUGCAAGUGUAAUGUGUUUCCAAAUGGCAAGAAACGAGUGACCAUCGCCACCUUUCCUGCAUGA